AUUUGUUUGGUUUGUAGCUCCUUCAAAGAAAAAAAAGAUUUAUUUUGGGUUUGGAAAGUUUUGGAGUUUGUUGUAUGAAAAGCCAAUUAUGAUUGAGAGGAAAAACAUGGGACGGGCGUCACUGCUAUUACUGCUUCUUUUGGCUUUAGGGUCUUUCUUUGCAACUUAUAAUAUGGUAACAAUGAUUAUACACAAUAGAAGUGUGAGCUGGAGAAAAUGGGUCACUAAGAAUUCAGACGGUCGUUUAACAUCUGAUCCUAUAAUUGAGAUGCCUCACAAUUUGAAGAGACCAAACAAUGCCAAGAUGCUGUUUCAUGUUGCCCUAACAGCAACUGAUGCUCCAUAUAGCAAAUGGCAGUGUCGCAUUAUGUAUUAUUGGUAUAAGAAGAAGAAGGAUUUGCCUGGAUCAGAGAUGGGAAAAUUUACUCGUAUUCUGCAUUCAGGAAGUCCUGACAAUCUGAUGGAGGAGAUUCCUACUUUUGUGGUUGACCCCCUUCCAGCAGGUCUGGAUCGGGGUUACGUUGUUUUAAAUAGGCCAUGGGCCUUUGUGCAAUGGCUGGAGAAGGCUACAAUUGAGGAAGAGUACAUAUUGAUGGCAGAGCCCGAUCACAUAUUUAUAAAACCACUACCUAAUUUGGCGCAUGGGGGAUAUCCUGCUGGCUUCCCCUUUUUCUACAUCAAACCUGCUGAUAAUGAAAAGAUCAUAAGGAAAUUUUACCCCAAGGAGAAUGGUCCUGUCACAAAUGUUGAUCCAAUUGGAAAUUCUCCUGUUAUUAUAAAGAAGGAACUCCUAGAGAAAAUUGCACCUACAUGGAUGAAUGUUUCUUUGAGGAUGAAAGAGGAUCCAGAGACUGAUAAAACUUUUGGAUGGGUGCUGGAAAUGUAUGCGUAUGCUGUGGCGUCUGCUGUGCAUGGUGUGCAGCAUAUUCUUCGGAAAGAUUUUAUGUUACAGCCUCCAUGGGAUCUGGAAACUGGGAAAAGGUUUAUCAUUCAUUUCACUUAUGGAUGCGACUACAACUUGAAGGGUGAGCUAACAUAUGGGAAAAUUGGAGAGUGGCGAUUUGACAAGAGAUCUUAUCUCCGUGGACCUCCUCCUAGAAACCUCUCUUUGCCCCCUCCAGGGGUUCCUGAAAGUGUGGAGAUGACUGGCGCACAAAUUCCAAGCUUGAGAAAUGGCAAGAUAAACAACAUAGGGCAGGGGUUGGCAGACUACUUUGGAUAUGGUGGGAAUCAGGUGUAA